CGGAUUCAGACGCGUUACGAUUACGUCUUGGUGACCUAACUUUAACUAAGCUGUAGCCCCACAUGCAGGCAUCCCUCAGCACAGCGGCAAUCAAACCAUUCACCAGGGCCCUGACAUGUCUCGCUAAGUAUGGAGACGAUCUGGUCAUUCACGCCGAUACUUCUCAUUUGACCUUGUCAACUACGAAUUCCUCCUUGUCUGCUUAUUGUCGCUUCAAAUUCGGAAAACGCUUCUUCUCAAAAUACAAGGUGGGGAAUGAACACGGGCUGGAUGGCGAUGUGAAAGGACAGCUGCUGGUGAAGAACCUGUUGACGCUGUUCAAACAUAGAACCGUAGAAAAAGUGGUCGAAAGAUGCGAACUGACCAUCGUGGAAGGAAUCGUCCCAGAUGACCCUGACGAGGACCACGAUACUUUGGAAAGCAGGCUUAUCAUUCGACUUCACUGUAAACUUGGAAUAGUGAAGACCCAUCGCUUAUCCCUUCAACAGCCAGACUCAUUGCUCUCUCCUGGCAUUCCAGACUCGCACAACGAAUCUCGUUUGACGAUCGGUCCCAGGGGUGUCAAGGACAUCAUCGAGCGCUUUCCAAGUAGCCGAGGGGCUAAGUCUGACCCCCAGUUAAUCUGGACGUUUGCAGAGGUAGAAGUUGAGAUUAAGAGCGUUGAAACUUCCGUCGACUCCAAAGGAAAAGCCCAACUUGCAACUGAGCUUGCCGUCUCUACGGAAGAAUUCGACAUCUAUGAUGUUUACGCGACACCAAUCACAAUAGCAUUCCAUUUGAAGGAGUUCAAUGGAACGGUCGCGUUUGCUGAAUCCAUGGCUCUCACUAUGGACCUUAGAUUUACAGACCCAAGUGCUCCGCUAUUCAUCGAUGUCCAGGGGGAUGAGGUGGAUACAUUGUGUGUGAUUUCCACCUCUCAGAUACAUGGUAUACCGGCACCGGCCCCUCUCCAGACGAUGAAUGGACGCAAAAGACCUCAUAACAGCAAUGGUGAAUACGAUCAUUCUGACCAGCGCAGCGAAACAUCUCGUGCACGGAGGCCAAUGCGAGCCGCUCAGAGAACCUCAACGCCUUGUAGCUCGGCGCCUUGGGCGCAGAGCGAUGCUCGAUCAAUGCCUCCACCGUCUUUCGUCCCUCCGCACGUUUCGCCUGUGGAUUAUGGACGAGCUGCUAGAGCAGCCUACUUGGAGGGAUCCGGCCUUGAAGAUACAAGUUAUGAGCGCGAGCAGUCUCCUCUCUUUUACCCGCUUUCUCAGAUGUCAGCUACCGAGGCCGAGCAGGUACGGGCUUCGGGCCUGGGCGUCGAAAACAUGGACUUCAACGAGUUCAAUGACAUGCUCGAGGGAGACGGUGAGGAAGUGGGAAUUGAUAUCAGGGGAUCUCAAAUGGCGGACACGAAAGAACUUGAGGGGGUCAGCAACGGAGCCGUUCAGAACAGUCCCAGUCACGAUAGGGAUCGGGAAAGCUUGGAGAUCAUAGAGGACGUUGAAAUAGGGCCAACACAAGGCAGUGAUGGCACAAACUGGAAGAAGGGAUUCCAGCCCCUAUUUGAGGACUGAUUCUGCUCUCUUGGCCUCUAACCUCUUGUGAACAUUGAUUGUGAUGGACGAACUUGAGCAAGCUACGAUAAAUUGUUGCCCGCCAAGUCAGAAUGCGAGGGACCUAAGGGACGCGAAGGCUCAUCGAUCAGAGGCAGCUGAAUAGCUAAGACACUAAUUGGAGUUCAUGUUGUCGGGCCUAUAUCGGUACUAUUCUAACAUCAUAAGUAAUGUUGCGGUUGAAUUGGACAUUAGUAUGGGUCCGAAGUCCGUAAAGGGGACAAUACAAAUGUUACACCUUAAUCUACAAGUCCAAAUACAAAUCUAGACGUAUGUACAGCGACUACAGACGAGGUGCCUUAGAUCGGGGCACUAACUAACAAAGCCAUGGAUGUCAACAUCAUAACCGCGAGUGCAAAUCCCGACGUCAAUCCGCUAGGAACGUUCGUGCCUACCCCCGAAGUGUCGGAGCCAGACCCAGAUGGCGAGCUGAGGCCGCUCGUGCUGUUGCUGAAGAUGCGUACAUAGCCGAUUUCGAAGUACGCAGUGUUGUAGUUGGACGGCGGGCCAAUGACCCAGUCAUUGUAACAAACACCUGAACAUGUCGCAUUGAAGACAGCACCAGCACCAGCUAAAUCAUAUUUCGAUAAAUCAACAUUGUCGCGGAAGGUACGUCAUUAGAGGUGCUUACCCCAGUCUGAUGAAAAGGAAGUGGCAAGGUCAGAGCGAGCACUAGUUUGGAGCCCGUUAGGAAAGGCUUACCACCACAUAGAGUUAUGUCAAAGAUGAGUUGCUGAGCUUGAAAAUAUUCUUCGAUGUUGCAGCCAGUAUUUGGCCAAUUUGCCACCGGUUCACCAAAGUUUUGGGUAUCCACGUUACUGUCAUUUGAAGACAGGGUGCUUGGAAUGCUGGAACG